CCAUCGCUAUGACAGGAACAACGCGUCGUGAUGUGAUCGUGAUCCCAUAGGGUCAAUUCUAUUUUCACUUUGGGUAGAGGUUACGCUGCCUUACAUCUCCAUUCCCUACCUUAGCAUUCAUCCCACGGUUCACGGUUCCCGGACUUCUCUCAAUCUUGCCUCAAAAUCCAGACAACAUGACAGCCUUAUCUUCCUCGAGCCCUGGAAUACUCGCAGCCACAAAGGCGAAGUUGUUGUUGGUUCUGUCCUUGGCAGUAACGUAUGUUCCUACCGAGACGUAACGCACGUGUGAUGCUGACUACCCAUGCCCGAAAGGUGGUAUAUUGCUGGACUCGUCCCUCAUUAUACACCCCAGCUCCAAGCUUCUUUCAAGUCGAGGUUGGAAGAAGCGAGACAAAAGAUCCCGUCCAUCCAGGUCAACUGGCACCCAACCCCGGGUAAUGACGACCCGCGAACGAAUUUCAAUGGCACCAAGAUCGCAUUACUAGUCGAGCCUCGCCCAAUUCCACAUCUUGUUCCCCAGAUUCUCCACAUGAUCAAUGUGGUGCCGCCCGACUGGCGAUUCGUCUUCAUCGGUUCUAAUCAAUCCGUUGUCAGCGUUGGCCGGGCCUAUGCCACAAAACACCAGCAAUUUAUCGGCAAGCUGGACUUGAUGGUGCUCCCUGAGCCUUGGGAAAUCAACGACAAGGAGAAGGUCUAUCGAACUCUUACUGACAUACGGUUCUAUGAUGAGUUUCUACCCGGGGUUGAGUGGAUCCUCAAGUACGAGCACGAUAGCAUCAUGUGCGCAAACUCGCAAGAAAGCCUGAAUGACUGGCUGCACUGGGACUGGGCUGGAGCUCCGAGACAUGAAAACGAUCGAUUUUCCGGCAACGGUGGGCUCUCGCUCAGAAAGGUAUCGGCCAUAAGACGAAUUCUCGCUUUCCAACAACGCCUGAAUGACACCCAACCCGAGGACGAAUGGUUUGGUGGCAGAGUAUGGACUCUGCCUGGCGCCAACGUCGCGCAAGGCGAGAAGGGGCAACUUGCGGUCGAAGAUGUAUACAUCAAGAAUCCCAUCGGAUUUCAUGUCAGAGACGGUGGGGCCAACAUGGCCGACGGCGUGUGGAAAUCAUAUGCGCAACGGAAAGAGAUUUUCGAGUACUGCCCAGAACUAAGCGUCAUCAUGGACAUGAAGCUCGAAACAGAGCGGUGUUUUGGCGAUAAUAAGGAAGGCUCAAUCUCAGGUUCCAAUGCAUAGACAAGCUUGGCUAGAUGAAGCGCGGAUGGAGAAGCCACGAGUGGUCAUGAUACCCAGCAAGAGACGCUGAUGACUGAGGAAAAUCGAGGAAGCUGUGCCGUAUCCACACUUCUGAGGACGGGAAGUCGAGAGGACUAGUAUCAGAGCCUCUUGUCAGCAGUUUGUUG